AUGGUCAGCAUGCGGGUGCGUUUCUGUCCCAUGCGGAUCCAAUGGCAACCAGCUUGCAGCAGUGCUUCGCUCAACAUCCAUUCAAUUGCCCCGCGCGCGGUGGUGACAAUUCCAAUGGACCUGCUGGCUUCUCAGUUAUCCAAUGACGACAGCUGGAGAAUGCGUGAUGCAUAUGGCGGCUGCCUACUUGCUACCAUCUCCCCGACCUGGCGUGGGCAUGUGCUAAAGACUGCAGCUCGGUCGAUCUACUCCCAGCAACACCCAGGCUGUUCAAUGUCCGAUCCCGUGCCAGGCCGAAGAUGCGAUGGUACUCACCGUGCUUUCCAUCAAGCUGAGUACGAUUGGAUGUGUGAUGGUCGAAGGAUACAGUGCAAGACCGCUCAGCUUUGCUGGAGCAAGAAGGGGCUCUGGCGAGCUCGCUUCCACAACAUCAAAUUUGACCGUCUUGACGAGCUGCUCCUCGUCAUGUACACACCAUUUCGUAUUCAUUUGUUUGUGCAUGACCGCAGAACAGGCAUCUAUGGCACAGGAUGCAGAGCCGCUUCACGGGGUGUUGUUGUGCAAUACAGCUCUCCGAUGGGCAUGCACUCCUGCGACGAAGCCGCUCGCAAUGUCGUCGAGAAGGUCUCCUCAGCAUCCAGACAUCUUGUGACAAGAGAGCUUGCCUCGGAAGCAGCGGUCCUGAACGCUUACAGCAUGUUUUGUCAAUCCACGACAGCCCAAAGGGCUCUUGCCGCCUUUCAGAACCAUCCGUUUGGAACGUUGACACCGACGGCUCGAGGCAUGCUAAUCGAACAGCUCGUCCUGCAGGUGGACAGAAUGCUGUACCCGCAAGUGGCAACCGCACGAUGCGAAGCACGAUUGGUUCAGAGACCAAUUGCGUGUAGAGUGCAAGCACACGAGGCCGUCCUUCUGGGAGAGGGCGUGGAGUUGCAGGUUUUCUGCAAUCAAGUUUCCAUGUUUUGA